AUGGAUCCAAACAUCCAAAGUACUUUCCUGUUCAACAACCAGUUUACUUCCGAGCUCAAGGCGCCGGUAUGCCAGUACUCGGUACCAAACUCUUUCUACAAGCUCAACGCGGGCCUCGUCAGCCAGCUGCCACCGGGGACCCCUCAUGGCAUCAGUGACAUUCUGAGCCGCUCCAUGGCGGGGGCGGGCUCGGCGGGCGCCGCCGACUCCCUGCUCUCCGGCUACUCCGGCCCGGCCGUCUCCGGCGCGUCCGUGUAUUACAACCGAGACUACGGCUCCGCCUUGAACGGUUUGGCCAAGCCCGGCGCCGAGUGGCCCAUGAAGGGUCGCGGUGUGAACUGCUGGGCUGAGAGCGGCUGCGACUGGAGAGGAACCAAGCAGCAGUGUGCCAACAGCGGUCACCUGGGCGAGUUGUCGGCUCGGAAGAAGCACACCAGGCCCACGUUUAGCGGGCAUCAGAUCUUUGCUCUGGAGAAGACCUUUGAGCAGACCAAGUAUUUGGCCGGUCCCGAACGGGCCAGACUGGCUUAUUCUCUGGGCAUGACUGAAUCUCAAGUCAAGGUUUGGUUCCAGAACCGCCGCACCAAGUGGCGGAAGAAGAGCGCGUCUGAGCCGAGCUCCACGCAGGCCCACGCGGGGCAGGCCGGCGAGGCCUCGGACAACGAGGCGGAGGACGAGGAGUACAACAAGCCCCUGGAUCCGGACUCCGACGACGACAAGAUCCGGUUGCUGCUACGCAAACACCGCAGAGCUUUCUCGGUCCUGCGCCUCGGGCCUCCCCACAUGUGA